UGCCUAGUCGUUCUUGUAGCAAGCGCUUGAUAUAACAAAACAAGGACGACUUGCUCUGCGCGCACAAACAGUGUUCCUCAGAGCAAAAGGAGACAAAAAAACUUGACGCCAUGAAUGCCCCUGAUCGUUAUGAGCGAUUCGUCGUCCCUGAAGGCACCAAAAAGGUUUCGUACGAGAGAGAUACGAAAAUUAUCAACGCGGCGUCGUUCACCGUAGAGAGAGAAGACCACACCAUCGGCAACAUUCUUCGCAUGCAAUUACACAGAGAUGAUAAUGUUCUUUUUGCUGGUUACAAGCUGCCUCACCCUCUCAAGUACAAAAUUAUCGUUAGGAUUCACACAACCAGCCAGUCAUCGCCAAUGCAGGCGUAUAAUCAGGCCAUCAAUGAUCUAGACAAGGAACUUGACCAUCUGAAGAAUGCUUUUGAGGCUGAGCUUGCAAAUCGUCCAGGGCAGUACUAAGCAUGUGUGAAUUCAAGGAACCAUCUGUGGUGGUUCACUUGCUGCUACGGUGUGGUGGAAAUUGAGGGUCAAGGUGUGUGAUAUCAGGCUACUAUGUUGCUGGUUGUAAAUUAACUAAGACUUUUACUGAUGUGAUGAACAGUGUGGAGCCAAUGUUUCUUUAGAAACGGCACCCUGAUGUGUUUUCUUUCAAGUAGAUUGCUUAAAAUCACACAGGUAUUUCGUACUCUUGAAUGCCAAUGUUGCGUGGAGCCUUGAUUCCCGCUUGCUGUC